AUGGACACCAUCUUUGUCAAGCAAGUGAAGGAGGGAGGCCCCGCCCACGGAGCCGGACUCUGCACAGGGGACCGCAUCGUGAAAGUGAAUGGAGAGAGCAUCAUUGGAAAGACGUACUCUCAGGUCAUCGCCCUGAUCCAGAACAGCAAUGUCUCUCUGGAACUGUGUGUGAUGCCAAAGGACGAGGACAUUCUGCAGCUGUUUUCCAGGGAUAUCACUGCUCUGGCGUAUUCCCAGGACGCAUACCUCAAAGGGAAUGAUGCGUACAGCGGAAAUGCCCAAAACAUCCCCGCGCCCCCUCCCAUCUGCUACCCACGGAUAGAAGUCAAGGCGGCGUCCAUGGCCCAGGGACCGGCCCGAGCCACCGAGAUCAACUACAGAAUCGAAAUACCCGUCCCGCCCAGUCCUCCCCCUCCCCCACCUCCCCUCACCGUCAAAUCUGUUGUGUGUAACGACAUCAUACGGACUCCAAGUCACAGGACUGAGGAAAACCGGUUCUCUACGCCGGCCGAGUCCUCCAAACCGGUUCCUUCUGUGUCUGGAAGUGUGCAGUACAAGUCUGUGGGCACGCCGCUGCUCUCGCCAUCGCCCAGAACGGCCCAGAACUAUCCCGAAACGCUGACGCCGAAUAUCCCAGCGUCCAAAAUGUCGCCCAACAACUCCCCGUCGGCCUCGGCUUCCAACACGCCCACGCACCAGAACAUCGACUGGAAGAACUACACCACGUACAAAGAUUACAUAGACUCCAAGAAGCUGCACACGUACGGCUCAAGGACUAUACAGGAGCGCUUGGAUAGUUUACGCGCCGCGGCUAACGGGAGCGCAACCUCGGUGUAUGCACUGCCGCACACGCCUCCGCCGCUGAGAGGUCACGGCGGCCAUUCGAGACGGAGAAGUGCGUCCCAUGACCGAGGGGGGGAGGCUGGGCGCAGGUCCGGGGCAGGCCUGAGGAGUGUGUCCCAGGAGAGGCUGAGCGGGGGAGAGGAGAGGCCGAAGAGCUGGUUAAGGAGCGUGUCUCAGGACGCUAUCCCGCACACCACCACGCCUGCAGGGGGCGCCGAUGCACGCACGCGCUCCUGUGACCACAUCAGGCAGCGGGGGUCGGAGACGGGACGGGCUGAUGCGAGCGUGGAGGAAAGAGAAGGUCAGAGAGCGGAUGGGAGACCCGACAGACGGACAGAAGGUGGAACCACAAACUCGCCGGUCGCUGCUUCUCUGUCUCCUAAAGGUUCUGAUCCAUCCAACACAGACGGUCUCAUCAUGCGGCCUUCACGACUUCCUGUCAAAACCUCAGACUUCUCUCCGGCCUUAUCCCCUGCUCCCGCCUCGGUGCCCGUCAAAGACCAAAGACCCAGCGUCAUGGGGAACCACGUGGGCUACUCCUCCCCCGUCCACCUCCUCAGGACCCGAGCCGACAGCCUCAAAAUGGAAAACCGGGCGGAAGGAGGCCUCGCGGCUCGAUCCUCCUCCUGCUCCGGCGUCUCGUCCAAACUAGCCAUACACAGACUGGAGCAGGCCACGCCCGCAAUAGCACAACAACCAAAAGCCACUUCAGGCAUACGGACUAACGCCGACGGUGUGGAGGGGUCGGAUGUGAUGAGGAGAGACAGAAAGCCAGACGCACAGCACGAUCCACCCCCCUCCUAUGUUUCUGCAGUGAAUGAGCGUGGCGCCGUGCAAAGGCCCCGUGCGCUGGUGAAGGCGGGGUCAGAGGGCGCCGUGUGUCGGGAACUGCACUUCAGGAGGCUGGAGGACUCCAAGCUCAAGGCCGGGUCCUGUCUGGAUGGAUCCCGUCUGGAUGGGUCCCUGGAUUCAAUACCGUUCAUUGACGAACCCUUGAGUUCGAGCAUGGACCAGGACAGUGUUCUCUCUGUGAUGACCUCUGCUGCUCCCGUCAUCACCACCAUCCCCCCCAGCCCCACCUCCCCCUCCCCUUUCAUUCGCCGUCAGCUGUCACAUGAUCAAGACUCCAUGCGUCUCACUGUCAUAGACUCAGACUCAGGCACAAAAACAGAGCGUUCCAAGUCGUGUGACGAGGGUUUGGAUAACUACAGAGACGGGCGGAGAGGGACAUCAUUCAUCCCUGGUCUGAAGAGUCUGAGGAAGGCUGUGGACCGGUCGUCUGAAGACUCAGGCUCCAGGAGAGAUUCUUCCUCAGACAUUUUUUGUGACGCGACUAAAGAAGGACUGCUGCAGUUUCGUCAGCUCAGUUCAGAGAAAGGAAAGCGUGUCGGUGGAGGCAUGCGUCCCUGGAAGCAGAUGUACGCCGUGCUCCGGGGCCCGUACCUGUGUCUGUACAAAGAGGGCCGCAGAGAGAGCCACAGUAACUGGCAGACGGUGGAGGAGCCUCUGCCCAUCUGCAUCACCGCCUGCCUCAUCGACAUCUCCUACAGCGACACCAAGCGCAAGAACGUCCUGAGACUCACCACCUCGGACUCGGAGUAUCUGUUCCAGGCCGAGGACCGAGAGGACAUGCUGGCCUGGAUCAGGGGGAUCCAGGAGAACAGCACGGACCAGGAUAACGCUGCCUUCUCCAGCCAUGACCUGAUCAGUCGCAAAAUUAAGGAGUACAACACUUUGAUGAGUCCGACCGGCCCAAAGGAGCAGUCCCCGCGCUCCUCCCGACAGUCCCUGAGCAUCAGACACACGCUGCUGGGAGGGAAAGGAGACGCCAAGUCACCGACCACCACCUCCCCGAAGGCCGAGCAGGAGAGGAGGAGCAACCACAAAGACGACAGCCCCCCAAAGGACAAAAGCACCUGGAGGAAGGGGAUCCCAGGCCUCAUGAGGAAACCCUUUGAGAGGAAGCCGUCUCCGGGGGUCACCUUCGGGGUGCGGCUGGACGACUGCCCCCCGGCUCUGCACACCAAGUCCGUGCCUCUGAUCGUGGAGCUGUGCUGCUCUCUGGUGGAGGAGCGGGGCCUGGACUACACCGGGAUCUACAGAGUCCCCGGGAACAACGCUGCCAUCUCCAACAUGCAGGAGGAGCUCAACACCCGAGGCAUGGGCAGCAUCGACGUCCAGGACGACGUGAGUCCUGCUCCGCCUCAGCCCUGGGGGGUCAGAGUCAGGGAGGGGGGUCAGGGUCAGGGAGGGGGUCAGAGUCAGGGAGGGGGGUCAGGGUCAGGGAGGGGGGUCAGGUCAGGGAGGGGGGUCAGGGUCAGGGAGGGGGGUCAGGGUCAGGGAGGGGGGUCAGGGUCAGGGAGGGGGGUCAGGGUCAGGGAGGGGGGUCAGGGUCAGGGGUCAGGGAGGGGAGGGGUCAGGGUCAGAGAGGGGGGUCAGGGAGGGGGGUCAGGGUCAGGGAGGGGGGUCAGGGUCAGGGGUCAGGGAGGGGAGGGGUCAGGGUCAGGGAGGGGGGUCAGGAAAUGGCGGGAUCUGAACGUGAUCAGCAGCCUCCUCAAGUCCUUCUUCAGGAAGCUCCCAGAGCCGCUGUUCACAAACGAGAAAUACGGCGCCUUCAUCGAGGCGAACCGGAUCGAAGACCCGGUGGUGCGGCUGAAGGAGCUGAAGAGACUGCUACACGAGCUCCCGGAACAUCACUACGAGACCCUGAAGUUCCUCUCCGCUCACCUCAAAACUGUGGCCGAGAACUCAGAGAAGAACAAGAUGGAGCCUCGGAACCUGGCCAUAGUGUUUGGGCCCACGCUGGUGCGGACCACAGAGGACAACAUGACACACAUGGUAACACACAUGCCAGACCAGUACAAGAUCGUGGAGACCCUCAUUCAGCACUACACCUGGUUCUUCACUGAGGCUGGAGGCGGAGAACCAGUGGUAAAUGGCGAAUAG